AAAGAAUCUAAUUUGUUGUGUCAAACUAAUUCCGAUUCGAAUAAUGGUUAGGACUAACGUUUUAGCAGAUUGUUUAAAAACUAUAAAUAAUGGUGAACGAAAAGGAAAACGCCAAGUUUUAAUUAGACCUUCAUCCAAAGUUAUAAUCAAAUUUCUAACAGUAAUGAUGAAGCAUGGUUAUAUUGGAGAAUUUGAAUAUGUUGAUGAUCAUAGAUCUGGUAAAAUCGUUGUAAAUUUAAUUGGAAGGUUAAACAAAUGUGGUGUAAUUAGUCCGCGAUUUGAUGUACCAUUAAGAAAUUUAGAAAAAUGGACCUCCAAUUUAUUACCCUCAAGACAAUUUGGGUAUAUCGUUUUAACAACCUCAUCUGGUAUUAUGGACCAUGAGGAAGCACGACGGAAACAUGUUGGUGGGAAGAUCCUUGGAUUUUUUUUUUAAUAUAAACAUGUGUGAUUUGAUAUGAAAUAAAUUAUUUGAAUAGCCA